UUCAACCUUUCCUCUAAGAUUCUCCAAUGGCUUCUUCUUCUUCUUGUUCUUCUGGUUCUUUUUCUUCUUCUGGUUCUUCUUCUUCUUCUUCUGGUUCUUCUGGUAUGGUACUUCCUUUUUUAACUUUAGAUGAUGGCAAGUGCUUCUACUGCAAGUCUUUCGCAGUUCACUUUAGGCGAGGUUGGCAGCUUCAAACUGGAAAUUAUUCUGGCCUUUGCGAGGCAUGCGCCUGUGCUUAUGAGAGUGGAUGCUUCUGCAACAUUUUUCACUGGGAUGCUCAGGGAUGGAGAAAAUGCACUGGUUGCCGAAAGUUACUUCACUGUGGAUGUGUUAUGUCAACUCACACACAUGUGCUGACGGAUUUUGGAGGUAUCAAAUGCAUGCAGUGCUUGAAGAAGGAAAGCGGAAAUUAGAAACCAUGAUCUUCGUAAAAUGCAUUGACAUUUCUAUGAAGUUACAACAUCAGUACUCUCUACAAUCCAACGCCAUGGCCUUGGAAAAUCAAUAAAUAGUACUGCCAGCAUGA